GCUCUGCCCACCGCUGGAAAGGAAGCAAACAUGAACGUCCACGCAUGCUUGGACAUAUUGAACGCGCGCGCCGGGUCAAAACAUACGCAUGAAGGUGAAGAUGGACACCACCAUCAUCACGCUGCGUGCGUAGAAGAGAACGCAAGUAGAUGCUUGGAUCUCAAAGUCGAUGCCACCAGCGAGAAUUCCACGAUGGAACCGGAGUUGGAGGCCAUGUCAGAAUACGAACUGGUCAAGACGUUCCACGCAUGCCAAGAGAAGCGUGUACUCGUGUACCAGCAGUUCGAAAAGGGGUUUCUCGAGCUGAUGUUCACGGACGCAUUGCCGCUGUUCUGUACGUUUGGUCGUCGUGACGAGGUGCUCAUAACCUUCUUGGCUUUGGUAGCGCAAGACAUCACGAAACAGUUCUCUUCCAUUAGCAACCAAGUCAACGCCAUUGAGCGCGCCCUCCGCGCCAGGCCAGUGGCGCCAUCGAUCCCAACCAUCUUGCGCAACGUUCAACAUGAAGAAAAGGAGAAACUCCUUCUGACAUCGGCGCUUUUGCUAGAGAACAUGCGACUCAAACGUCAGGUGACCGCCGACCCCGACGACUCUUCGAUCCCCAUCUUUGAGUCGUCCAUUGCGUCCAUGCAAGCCACCCACACGGCCAUCGUCGAGCGCAUCAACGAGCUCCUCACCGACCUGCGCUUCGAGAUGGAAGACAUCCCAGCGUAGCGACGUCAAAUGCAACCAUAGAGUGAUUAAACCAAGCAAAACUAAACCACCAUACAUUGCCGUGUCUAUGCAUGAGAAAAAGGCUCGAGGUUGGAUUGAAAUUACAAUGCCUUCUUG